CGAUACACAUUUACCGCCAUUUUUGUAGCUACUGCAAUGUUGGAGCUCCUGCGUGCUGUUUAGUUUUAUGGAUUAACUUCAAGUCACUCUUCGGGUCGUCACGUUUGGAAUAAAAUGUCGACAAAAAAGAAACGCUCCCCUCCCACCGAGAAUUCGAGCUGGGUCGUUAUUGCCACUGACUCCAUAGUUGAUGUUCCCAAGACAGCUACCGGGGAGCCUACGUUUGUCAAACUCAGAAACCCGUCUACAGGAAGUGCGUCUCUGUACCUGUUUGGCAGUGGAGACUCAGACCUGUAUGAGGUGAAGGCGUUUACUGAAGACUACCAUUCCUGGUUCAUCGGCCAAACAGUCCAGAGAGAUGGCAGGCUGCUGUAUAUAACACAGAUGGACCCCCUCUACCUGCUCCUGCCGUACCUGCUGAAGGCUGGGGCUGAGGGGAAGUUCCAGCCGGUGGAGCAGGUGGUGAAGGAUGAGGACUUCCCAGGAUGCACCAGGCUCCUCAGCUGCACGCGCUCACUGAAGUCUCUCCAUCAUGUGGCCGACGAGAAAGAGGUGGGCAGUCUGAAGUUUCACAGGGUCAGUCAGGAGAAGACUUUGGAUUGGCUGAAGAAGAAGGUCGAGAGGACGGUCAGUACACUCAGGAAGAGCAACAUCUCUGUUGGGGGAGGAGUCAAAUCAUCAACCUUCAUCAGAGUGAAGCAGGAAGAACAGGCCUCGGAUGAAGACUACCUUCGCUACGCUCAUGGACUUGUGUCAGAGUAUAUCAGCGAGGACCUCCGCAAAGACUUACUUAAGCACUUACAACUACCUGAGCUCAGCAGCCCUAAACAGGAGCCUCCAGCAAAGAAGCGGAAACUGUCUGACCUACCGGUGGAGGCCAAGGAUGACUACACCAAGUUGAACAGCUCUGACUUUACACGCAAGCCGCCCAAGAAGAUGACCGCCGCUCAGAAGAGCCUGGCCAAGGUGGACAAGACGGGCAUGAAGAGCUUGUCAGCCUUCUUCAGCCCUAAAGUCAAGCAGGAGAAACACUAGACCUGUGUGUGUCUCUGUAUGUGUCUGUGUCUGUGUCUGCGUCUGCGUCUGCGUCUGUGUCUGCCUGUGUCUGUGUCUGUGUC